CCAGGAUAAAUGCUCGUCAAACGAAGGAAUCUUGAAUUUUUUGUUUAGUUUUUUUUCAUAUCAUUCUUAUAUCAUAUUCUAUUCAAUUAAAUGAUAUAAAAGAUGAAUGUUCCUAAACCACCGGAAGAUUUAGAACUUCGCAACAUAAUCGAUAAAUUGGCUCAAUUCGUUGCUCGUAAUGGACCGGAUUUCGAACAGAUGACCAAAAAUAAACAAAUGGGCAAUCCGAAAUUUAUGUUUCUAUUCGGUGGUGAAUAUCAUGCUUAUUAUCGAUUUCGUGUUGCAUCCGAACAACAACAGGCAUUUCAACAACAUUCGAAAAUGCCCGCACAGCCAUUACCAUCACAUGCUAUGCCUCCGUUACCCAAUUUUUUUCCCAAUCCUCCUCCAUUACCGCCACCUUUACCGUUUCCGCCAUCAUCACAAGCUCCAACGCAAUUCAAUAAUAAUUUUGCUUCACAACAAUCUCCAUUGUCUCAUCAUCCACAUCCUCAUCAUCAGUUACCACCACCACAUUGUCCUCCGCUGCCACUUCAUGCUCCAUUCAUGUCAGAAGAAUCAUUUCAUAAUCAUCAAUUUGUACAAAUUCCGCCGAAAACAGUGUCAAAUUGGCAGCCACCGGCAUCUACUAAUCAUCUCAUACAAUCGCCAAUUUCAGCGCCGUCCAGUGAUAUUGAGUCACACAAUCGAAUCGAUUCACAAAUUCAACAAUUAAAAGAUCAUUUAAAAGAAUCGGAAAAAAAUUUAAAUGCUCAAAAAGAAGUGAUAAUGGGCGUAGAAAUGGAGAGACGAAUCAACGAAAUGAUUACAAAACAAUUGGAUGAUGAACUUAAACGAAUGUGCGAAGAUUUCAAUAUUAAUCUCAAUGAGUUUGAUAAAAUUUUGCAACCCAUCAUUAAAAGCUGUCGUAAAGAAUCAGUUGCUAAUGGCAAAAUAUGGAUAUUUAACCAUUGUAAUACAGCCGAACAAUAUGAUGCUGUUGCCAAACAUCUUUUGAAAAGAGUGACAAGGACCGAUUCUCAAUUCGAAGGCAAACUUCAUUUAAUGUAUUUGAUAAAUGAUAUAUUCAAUCAUUGCAUGCGAAAAAAUGAUGAAAAAUUAAAAACGGCCAUUGUGAACAUAAUCGUCGCUGCCUUUACUACGGUUUUAAUGGAAGCAAACGAUGAACGAAAACAAAAAAUGAACAAACUUCUCAAAAUAUGGGAGACCAAUCAAUAUAUUGAUCACACAUUGUUGGAUCAAUUGAAAUCACCAGAACAAUCACUAGAUGCCUAUAAGACCUCUCUACGGAAGAAAUAUUCGGAACAAAUCAAUAUGAUCAAUCAAGAACAAAUGAAUAAAUACAUACAGAUUGAGAAACAACAUUCGGAUUUUGUUGUUCAUUGUAAUAAUCAAAUUCAACAGCUUCAAUCACAAAAACAAACUAUACAAGCAAACAUGUCUCCUAUACAACCAUCGUUUCCACCGGGACAGAUGAACGAAUUACCACUUGCUCCAGUUCCAGCACAUUUACCCGUUCAUCCAAUGAUAACUACUGCCCCUCCUAAUGGCACUGUACCACCGCCACCAACAUCAAGUAUUCCAUUAGUUACACCAUCGAUUGUGAAUAAUUUCGUGCAGACAAAUUCUUCGAUGCCGCCCGAUUCACUUCAACAGCCGCAAACUUCGCUACUUCCGCCACCUCCACAUUUACCAUUACCACAUGCUCGGUUUCCUGCACCAUUUUCAAUCGUAACGGUUACAUCACAUCAUCAGCCGAAUUUCUACCCAACAAAUCCUGGUGUGCAGAUGUAUCCUCCAUUGCCACUGUAUGCAUCGGCAAUGAUGCCGUCCACCACUCAGAUGUUGCCAGAAGUUCCUUCUUUGGCGCCCGAAGAAGCGGCACCUUAUUUCGAAAAACCGGCCGGUUUGAUGACUACGUUGAUUAAAUUAGAAGAUUUCGAUUAUAAUCCCAUUGAUCCAAAAGAAAUUAAACUGCCAUCAUUGGAACCUCCAUCUGAACGUCUGCUUCAAGCUUUGGAAGCAUUUUAUUCAGCUCCAACCCACGAACAUCCAAGAAAUGCUGAAGGUUGGGAGAAACUUGGCCUAUAUGAAUUUUUCAAAACCAAAUCACAAGCUCGAAAAGAAUAUGAAAUUAAUGUAUUAGGCCAUGAACCAACACAGAAAGAUGAUGAAACAUUAAACGACUCGGAUUCAUCAAGUAUGCCAUGCAAUAAUGAUAAUAAUCGAAAAUCAUUUUCAGAGAAAUCAUCUCCACCUAAAAAAUCCUAUAAAGAAUUCACAGAAGAAAAAAGUAAAAACCGUAGCCGAUCACCGACCGACAAGCAUCGUUCGAAAAAGCGAUCAAGAUCAAGAUCACCUGUUCGUUCGAAAAGUCCAUCGAAAUCGAAUCAUCGACGAGAAUCCUCACCUAAACAUACUUUUUCAAAGAAUAAAUCUUCAAGUAAAUCACCGGAAUUUUCCAAAUUUAAUCGCAACUCUGAUGAUUCUCGCAAGAAAGAUUUGAUAUCAACAAAGAAAAUGACCUGGUCAAAUAACACAGGAUUCACCACCAAAGAGACAAAACCCAAGGUUACUUCACCUGUCAUACAGCAAUCCGAACAAUAUCGAGGGUUCGGUGAUACGACCAACACACCAGCCAAAAUGUUUGAUCCAUUUGAAUCAUUUCGACGUAACAAAGGUCAAGCUUAUAUUCAACGUAUUCGUGAUGCCAGACGUGAUUGAAAACUUGCUUUAUACUCAUGUAACAUAUUCUUUCAUCAUCGUCAUCAUCGUCAUCAUCAUCAUCAUUUUAGACAUUUAUACUAAAUCCUAAUUGUAUUAUAUGAAGGACAGAUAUUCAAAAAUCAUAGAAAAUAAACAUUCAUUUGAACAAUA